AUGUUUCAUCUCUCGUCAAUUAUUUCACAAUCUAAUCUUCAUCGGCUCGACUUAUCUGAUAUUUAUAUUGACGUCAUGAAAAAAAUACAAUGGCCCAUGAAUUGUACAUUACACUAUCUCGCAUUAAAUAAUUGCACUUUUGAACAGUUUUGUACUAUUCUUGAUUAUUCACCUGUCCUUCGAACUUUUGUGGUGCAAAUGAGAAUUUCUCACAACAUCGGUGAACCUGUAUUAAAAUCAUAUCCACAAUUAAUCUCAUUGUCAUUGAAUGAUGCUGGUAUCUGGAAAUCUUUGGAUGAACUUAAAACAGUUUUGACACUUACACCCUCACUUGAAUAUUUCAAAGUAGUUGUUACAGUAUGUAAAAGAUCUCUAUUUGAUGGUUCUGAAUGGGAAAAUACUAUUAAGACAUAUUUACCUCACUUGAAUAAGUUCGAAUUCUUUUUCUCAGGAUACGAUGUCGGUGAUUAUAAUUAUGUUGAUCAUAGUUUACUUAUGAGCCGAUAUCAAACACCAUUCUGGAUCGAAAUGAAACGGUGGAACGUUGUUAGCACUCAUGAUCCAAAAAUGCAUACGAUUAUCGUAUAUUCGACACCAAUGUGUCUCACUUCAUUUACAUGCCUAAUUAAGUACCGAAAACAACGUGCAGGUGUUUCGCUCACAAUUACAAAUUUCGAUACUGAUCUACAUUUACUUUCCAAUACAUCAGUAACGACUACAACGGUACAGAAGGAUGGUUCAUUAAAUCAUGAUUGGUUCGAAAAUGUAACUGAGCUUACACUGAACAUUGAUGGACAAAAUCUACCUGAAUUGUUUGAUCUAUUUCCAAAAAGUGUUGAUCCAACACGUCUCGUUGAACUUUCUCUCGUUGUUCAUUGUUAUCCAUGCUCCGUCCAGAGUACUAUCACAAACAUUAUUACCUUACUUGAACGAACACGUAAUCUUCACUCACUUUCCAUUUACUAUAGACGAUCACGUAUUUGUUCAAUGACAGAUGUUCGCAAAAUUUAUCUGUUUCUACCUGAACAUAUAGAAUAUUUAACAAGUGAAGUCAUGAAUGUUGAUGACUUGGAAAUGAUUUUUGAUCGACUCAAAUAUUUAUCAAGUUUUACAUUCGUAUCAUCUAUACACUCGCCAGAUUCUAUAUUUACGAUGAUCGUCGAUUGGCUCAGAGAUAAUGUGAAUGAUUUUACUCAUCAUAUUAACGGAGAUCGUCUCUAUGUAUGGUUGGGUGUUGCUGAAUGUAAUAAUAAUACGAUGCAAGUAUCCAAUGAACGUGCCGCUUCAUCUUGUUAUUUUUGUGGUGCAAAUUGUCCACGACCAUUCUAUUCGUCAAACCCUAAUGUUAGACAAGUUCGUUCAACUACAGGCUGGUGUGCGUCAAUGAGCGCUUCCUCUUCAUAUAAUGCUCCUUAUACGCUUGGCGAUGCCGCACCUAGUCUUUGCACUUACAAUGGUUGUUCAUGGAAGAUAUAUAGCGGAGUCCGUACAUGGGUGUGUUGUUGUAAUAACAAUCUAUGCAACAUAGGUACUCUACCAGAAACUGGUAAUAUCUGUUACUUUUGUGCAAAUUGUCCAGCCCCAUUCUAUUUGCCUGAUCCAAGAGUCACGGAAGCUUAUUCCAGCAAUGGGUGGUGUGCUAAAAUGAGCGCUACAAAUUCGCCUGCUGCCGUUGCUACUCGCGGUAUAGCUGCACCAGGUCUCUGCAGUUCGAGAGGAUGCUCAUAUAAGACGUACAAUGGAGCUAGAACAUAUGUAUGUUGCUGUAAUGGAUAUAGAUGUAAUACCGGUGUUUCUACAACAAAAUCAACUAUUGGUUUAUUGAGUGCUGCAUUAAUGAUGAUCGUCAUGGCUCGCAAGAAUUUUUAA